AGCCUCGCUUGCUGGGCCGAGCGCCCCGUGGUGGGGGCUGGAGAAGCCGCUGCGGCGAGAUCGGGGAUGCUCCUCUGCUGGCAUCCGAGCGGGGCUCCCCCCGCCCGCCUCUCCGCUGCUGUCGAGUGACAGCGGGGCCCCUUCGCUGCUGAGAAUUGGGCUCGGGAUUUGACUUGAAGGGUUGCCCGGCCCUCUGGUUUCUGGGGUCCCCCCCCCCUCCUCUCCUUAGGUCUUCCAAGCAGGCUUGCGCGCAGAGCGAGCCGCCUCCCCGCCCUCCUCGAGGGGCAGCGCUUGUUUUCUCGCCUUCCUAAAAAUAGCCCGGAGAGUUUAGGGAGGGAGGGUUACUUGAGACGGGAGGGGGGGGGCGCUGCCUCUCUCCUGCCUUCCCUCGGACCAGGACCGGCGUGACGGCGGCUCCUUUGCUUCCUCUUCUCCUCUCCAGGACGUGCGUAAAGAAGGGGCACCCGUUGGGGUUCAUGGCGCGCCGGCGGGAUGGAAUAAACGACGGACCUGCGCGCCAGUGUGGUGGACUGCUAAGGGAUGACGCCUAAACUAUGGGACAUGUGACAGCUCUACUUUAGUUUACUUAAAGGAUGGCGUUCAGUAGGUGCUGAUGUUGACACAGCAUUUGUGGAGUCAAAGAGCUGUUUGUGUUUGCUAGAGAAAAGAAAGUAAUGUUUCACAACAAUGGAGAUUGGAAGGGGCCUGCACUGGAUAUCACUUAAUGAGGAUUCUAGCCUAUCUGAGGCAUGUCUUCUCUAAAGUACUGCUAUGUGGAUACUUGUUAGCAAUGACUGAUGUGGAAUCUACAUAUGCAGAUUUCAUUGCUUCUGGGAGAACCGGGAGAAGAAAUGCCCUUCAUGAUAUCCUUGUGUCCUCUGCAAGUGGAAAUUCUAGUGAACUAUCCUUGAAGUUAUCAGAACUUGAUAUAAACAAAACUGAAGGGGAAGGAGAUGCACAGAGAAAUCCAACUGAGCAAACUGGGGAAGCCCAGGGGGAAACAGCAAAGCAAGAAAGUUGACAUCCUACUUUGACCGACAGCCGCAACUGUUGGGAUGUUUUCAAAUCGCAAAAGCCUAUUGGGAAAAGGGUAUUUUGUGAGCAAGCUGAUUGAACAAAAAAUGAAAAUGGAUGCGCCUCGUUACUGGAAGCUGCCCGGUCCAGUGCUGAAAGGGGCAAAGCAGGCUGUAGCAGCAGACAGAACUUUCUCUACCUCUGUUAGCAAUGGGUGAGACUUGCUUGCUCAUCUUGAGACUCUCUCAGCAUGGAUCUCACCAGAAAUGACCACUUGAUGAAAUGCUCGUAGGAAGUAGAGCAAACUAGAUCGUGUAGCAAACGGCCCUCAACUCACCAGAGGCUUGAAUUGCAUUGUAUGGCAAUGGCUCCCGUGAUCUUCAGAGGUUGACCUUCAGAGGGUGUUCACCUAUUAAAAUCACCUGUAAAGGAAGCACCGUUGGUUUGUUUUUUUAAGAACUCUGCUUCUGUGUUUUCAGCUCUAUUACUUACAAUGUUUUAUAUUGUACAGUUUAGAUGCGCCACACUGCCCCUUCUCAAAAUGCUUAUGAAGGCAACUUCUGUGACUGUGAUUUUUUUUCUACCACUUGUUUUAAAAGGGCUAGGGUUUUAUUUUCGCAUAGUGUGGUGGGUGUGCACAUGGUAAGAUUAUCAAAUCAGCUGCUAAUCUGAUGAAACUGCAUUCUUUCAUUUAUAAGAACAUACAAUGUAAUUAACGUAUAGUCUGGUGUGUCCUGUGUUUUCUCAGUACAGUUUGGUCACUUUGCUUGUAGAUGGUUGGAAAUCCAAGAUUCAGACAGAAUCUUUAAAUCUCAUCCCUUAGGGAACUCGCCUUUUCCACUAAAAAGCCAAAACAAAAACAUGAUGUUAGUGCUGAGGUUUUAAGAGCAAAAUUAUCAGUACAACUUUUUUUUUAAACGGAGAAAUAAUAUGUUGGGAGCUGAUGAAACAGAAGCCCCAGAAAGAUUCUGAAUACUUGUGUCUCGAAAUGAAGCAUAAAUUUAUUGUAGUGUUUAGAACUGGGGUCACCUUGUCUCUCAGCAGCUGAGAUUGGAGUUAAACAUGAAUAUUCCUGUAGCAAUCAAGUGGGGCAGCAAUCACAAGUCCCCUAUCCCAUCCCAAUUUGUUUUCUUUAUUUUAAUUUUUUUUAAGUAAUGUCCUGUUUUCUUCUUGUUUCAGAUGUUCUGCACUUUUUAAAUGUUUAUAAACUUUACUAAAGGACUAGUGUAAUUUUGCUUUCUAGUAAAUUUGAACGUUGGUUAAUGAAACAACCUUUACUGUUGUGGCCAUGGCUGUUUCUACAAUAUAUACAUAUUGUGGUUAGUUGUCACUUAGAGGUUUUUUUGUGUGUGAGAUGUGUAAACUCUCUAAUCAGUAUUGAGUUCAGUAAUUAGUCUUGAAUAAAUAAAACCCA